AUGGAGAGGAGGCCACAGAAGACAACCAGUGCCUGGAGGACGAACCUCCUUGGCCCCCUAGACCACGAGCAGCCAGAAAACUUCCAGCACAUGCUGCGCAACAGCAUCGAGCAGGCCCGGCAGAAGUGGAACUUCGAUUUCCUCCAGGACGCACUGGUGGAGGGACUCCUGCAGUGGGAAGAGCUCGAGGGCCACGAGGUGCCCACUUUGUACCACAGCUGCGUGGUGCGAGAUGCUCGGAGACCACUGCAGCGCUUGAACUGGCCCCUGGGCAGGGAGGACAAGAGUCACUGCUUUGCCCAGGUAGCACUGACUGAGAAACCCAAAACUUCCAAGAAAACAGCGGGCAAGGGGAUCUCAGAAGGGAAGAAAAGAAGACAGACAUCUUUGACAGAUUACCACUCGGCAAAGGAGCGAGUGAAAACGAAUGUGCAAGCUGCUGUAAAGAAGUCAACUUCUUGA